GGACAGCUGUCUCGUCCUGUUUGGGACUCGUCAGCAGUGCGCAUCGCCGGAUGUAUUUCACGGACAACCACAGCACCGUUGGACCGAAUCAAAUUGACCUGGCAAGCAUUGGGCAGUAAGGCUGCCGAGAUGGGACUUGUAGGGACGGUGAACAAGAUGUUGAAAGAAGGUGGUGUUGGGUCACUGUGGCGCGGGAAUGGCGUAAACUGCUUAAAAAUUGCCCCCGAAUCUGCAAUCAAAUUUCAAGCAUAUGAACAGUACAAACAGUGGCUGGGACCAGUAUUUGGCGAUGAAAAGAACGGUCCGGUCUCAUUACAGACAAAAUUCUUUGCUGGUGCUUUUGCUGGAGCAACAUCACAGACAAUUAUCUACCCAAUGGAGGUUCUUAAAACACGUAUGUGUCUGCGUAAAAGCGGCCAGUAUUCUUCCAUAUUUGAUUGUGCAAAGAAACUAUACCACGACAAUGGCUGGCGUAUUUUCUAUCGAGGUUAUGUGCCAAAUAUGCUCGGGAUCCUACCAUAUGCCGGAAUCGAAUUGGCACUAUUUGAAACCUUCAAACAGUCGUACGUGAAAUUCACCAAUUCCGGAAAAGAAGGUUGUACCCCUCCUGUUUACGUAUCGGUCACUGCUGGAGCGUUGUCGUCAGUAUGUGGACAAUUGGCCACCUAUCCUUUGGCCCUGGUGCGCACCAAGCUUCAGGCUCAAACUGCAGGUAGGCAAAUCUUGAUUGGCAUCAAACAUACUAGAGGAAUGUUAGAUUCGAUCUUAUGGAUUCUGGUAUGCACUGAAAUGCCGCAUGUUGGGUCAUCAUUAGAGUGCUGCAGAUUCAAAGUCAAAAUGGAAACAUGGAGAAGAUUUACAUGCAAAGAUGUGUAUAAUGCCACCUAUGAGAAGAGUGUUUUUUCAAAAGUUCCUUCUGACACUGUUCAGUCUCUACUUGGUAAUUAA